GCACUGUAAUCCCAACACUGGCCCAAACAACAACACCCACUUGGGAGAUUGGAAUCUCACAAUUAGCUGUAAAGAACUGGGAUUAUUGUCUUUUGCUCGCCUUGGUCUGCAGGAGAGAGUGAAAACUGAAAAUAUUUAUUAAAAAAAAAAACCAAGUAAAUCUCGAGAGUUGCAGCCGCAGAAGAGGCGUCAGCUAUCGGGCAUGGACAAAAGCCGAAACACACGUGAUUAAAGCUCAUAUAGAUAAACCAGUACACUCUUUUUCCUCUCAUAUGAGCAGAUAAAGCUGUAUUCACACACCCACACACUCGCUAAUCAUACUAUCUCUUGCCCUUUUUUGUCUCAAAGCAAUCAUUCAAGGAAACGGACAACCACCCACCGUCUUCCUCUCUCUCUCCCACCUUCUGUAUUUAACCAAAGCGUUGGCUGCUAAGCCUUUCAAUCUCCUAUUUCUUUGUAGUUCCUCCUCUCUCGGUUCCAGAGAGUUGAUGAAAAUGAAGACAUUAACGUCUUUCUUCAUUGUUCUCCUUCUGGGUAUUUGCCACGUGUCCAUGGCGGAGAAGACGACUUACAUUGUUCACAUGUCCAAAUCUGAGAUGCCGGCCAGUUUUGAGCACCAUACUCAUUGGUAUGACUCGUCUCUCAAAUCGGUUUCUGGUUCUGCUGAGAUACUUUAUUCAUAUGAUAAUGCUAUUCACGGUUUUUCCACCCGGUUAACCCCCGAAGAAGCUGAGUUGCUCCAGAGCCAACCCGGGAUCUUUUCCGUGUUGCCUGAGAUGAGAUACGAGUUGCACACAACUCGUACACCUGAGUUUCUUGGACUCGAUAAAGCCGCCGAUAUGUUCCCUGAGUCUGACUCUGCCAGCGACGUAAUUAUUGGUGUCCUAGAUACCGGUGUUUGGCCGGAGAGCAAGAGCUUUGUCGAUACUGGAAUGGGUCCGGUGCCAAGUAGUUGGAAAGGCCAGUGUGAAUCUGGUACCAACUUCACAUCUGCCAAUUGCAACCGCAAGUUAAUUGGCGCGAGGUAUUUUGCUAAAGGUUACGAGGCCACUUUAGGCCCCAUCGAUGAAUCCAAGGAGUCCAAAUCCCCGAGAGAUGAUGAUGGCCAUGGCUCUCACACUGCAUCGACAGCGGGUGGAUCGGUGGUGGAAGGCGCCAACCUUUUUGGGUAUGCAGCCGGGACGGCCCGUGGGAUGGCUACCCGCGCCAGGGUCGCUGUAUACAAGGUGUGCUGGAUUGGUGGUUGCUUUAGCUCUGAUAUCUUGGGGGCGAUGGAUAAGGCCAUUGAGGAUGGUGUCAAUAUUCUUUCCAUGUCGCUUGGUGGUGGCAUGUCUGAUUAUUAUAGAGACAGUGUAGCCAUUGGAUCUUUUGCAGCUAUGGAGAAGGGAAUACUGGUCUCUUGCUCAGCUGGAAAUGCAGGCCCAACCUCUUAUAGCUUAUCAAAUGUGGCUCCAUGGAUAACCACUGUUGGGGCUGGCACAUUGGAUCGUGAUUUUCCUGCUUUUGUUAGUCUGGGCAAUGGGCGAAAUUACUCUGGAGUUUCUCUGUACAGAGGAAGCUCUUUACCGGGAAAGCUUUUGCCUUUUGUGUAUGCUGGUAAUGCUAGUAAUUCCACAAAUGGGAAUUUGUGUAUGAUGGAUUCAUUGAUACCAGAAAAAGUUGCUGGAAAAAUAGUGAUGUGUGAUCGUGGAGUGAACGCAAGAGUCCAGAAGGGAGCUGUAGUGAAGGCAGCUGGUGGUUUGGGGAUGGUUUUAGCCAACACAGCAGCCAACGGUGAAGAAUUAGUAGCUGAUGCUCACUUGCUGCCAGCUACAUCAGUGGGUGAAAAAAAUGGUGAUGAAAUUAAAAGUUAUUUGUCGAAAGAUCCAAAUCCUACCGUUACAAUUCUGUUUGAAGGCACCAAAGUGGGAAUUCAACCAUCGCCAGUGGUUGCAGCUUUCAGCUCAAGAGGUCCUAAUACAAUCACACCACAAGUCUUGAAGCCUGACCUGAUCGCACCAGGUGUUAACAUCUUAGCAGGAUGGGCAGGUUCAGUUGGUCCAACUGGGCUGUCAACAGAUUCUCGGCGCGUCGACUUCAAUAUUAUUUCAGGCACCUCAAUGUCCUGUCCUCAUGUGAGCGGCCUCGCAGCACUACUCAAGGCUGCCCACCCAGAUUGGAGCCCUGCAGCUAUAAGAUCAGCACUAAUGACCACAGCAUAUGUAGCUUACAAAAAUGGGCAGAAGCUGCAAGAUAUUGCUACUGGAAAAGACUCCACCCCAUUUGAUCAUGGUGCAGGACAUGUAGACCCUGUAUCAGCUCUCAAUCCAGGGCUUGUGUACGAUCUAAAAGUCGACGAUUACUUAAACUUCCUCUGCGCCUUAAGCUAUACAGCGGCACAAAUCAGCAGCCUCGCAAGAAGAAGAUUCACAUGCGAUGCCAGUAAGAAAUCCAGUUUGAACGAUCUCAACUAUCCUUCUUUCGCUGUCAACUUCGACACCACACAGAAUGGCGGCGCUGGCGUGGUUAAAUACACGCGAACUCUUACCAAUGUGGGCUCCGCAGGGACCUAUAAGGCAUCAAUUUCAGGUCAAUCUGAAGGAGUAAAAAUCUUGGUAGAGCCUCAAACGUUGAGUUUCAGCCAAGAAAACGAGAAGAAAUCUUAUACUGUUACGUUCACCGGAAGUUCAAUGCCGAUCAAUACUAAUGCGUUUGCUCGUCUAGAGUGGUCUGACGGGAAGCACAUUGUUGGAACUCCAAUAGCUGUUAGCUGGACUUAGAAGAAGCCGAAGCAGAAUGGGAAAUAGUAGAAAUUAAGAUGGGUCAUUUGCUCUCUCUCGAAGAGAGGAGUGCAAUCGCUUUGUUAUAUUGUUUACCCAGCAAAUAAUUGGAACGCUGGAUUAGUGUUUGAUGAAUGUUCUCUGAGAGAAAAACACAGAAAACCAUUGAAAAAAUGUGGGAAUUGUAUUCUCCUCUCAGUGUACAGUGUUAAUCUGCAUUAUGUAAUUGCAUGCCUAGUGAAGUUCUCAAUCAAAGACUUGAUUAUAUUCA